AAUAUAAAUUAAAUUUUAAUAAAAAUGAAUAUAACUUAUGAAAAAAAUGUCUAUUAUUCAUUUUUUAUAUUUAUUUUAGAUAAUCCAGCUCAAUUUGAUGAUUGUUUUUGUUCAUCAAUUCUUUCUCUUAACAUUCCUACUAGAAAUAUAGCAUCUCAUUUACUAUCAUAUAGAUCAUCAAUUAAAUCAGCUGAUAUAAUUUAUCAUCUUGUUUGGUCAAUUAUGUCUCAUGAAAAAUUUACUGAUACAAUGCGGAAGACUGGGAAUAACGUUGCCAAGCUUGAGGAACUUCAAAAAAAAUAUGAAAGUGAAUAUGAUGAAACAUCAAAAGCUGUUCAAGAACUUGAAGAAGGACCACAAACUGAAACAACAACUAGUGAAAUCAAUCGUUUAAAACAACGUCAAGUAAAUCAAAAGAUCCAAAUUCGUGUAACUGGAUUAAAAGCUGAAAAAGUAGCAGAUGAUCGUGAUGCAAUACUUGGAAAAGAUUGUCAUUUUAAAGAAUUAAUCAUGGGCAAAAUGAAAUUUACAAUUAUUGAUUUAGAUGAUGGUGAUGAUCAAUAUAAUAUAACAAAUAAAUAUUUUAUUUCUUUUUUGUUAUAG